GCAACAAUCGAGACAUGGCACUGUCGUUGCUUAUCUUCGUCGCACUACCGACUGCUCUAGCUAUUCCGGUUACGAUGCCUCCUCAGAGUAGCAAUGGUCCUCCCCUUCCUGGCUCCUUCCAAGGUUUUCUCGACACUCACGUGACGACUCCCCCACCAGCCAACAUUGACGAUGGUGGUGCAAUUGGCUUCCAUCUACAACUGGGCCACAAUUCCACAGUCAGCCCUGGACAAACCCUCCAACUCAGCAACUACUUUGGGGUCAAGAGAGGGCUCCAUGCAACGGGUCCACUAGCAUUUGAGGCCUACAACGGUUCCUACUGCCCCCCAGUGAGAGGCUACUACUUUAUGGGAGCCACACUCCACCUGAAUUCCUCACUCAACCAAGACCCUACCAAAAAUGAGACUACUCCACUAGUCACAGUUAGCGUCUGUCUCUUUGGAUUCUGCUACGAUGAGAGAGUGGCAUCUCUGGACUCUUUCAGUUCUACUACUGGACUACACACAGUCUCAGUGACAGGACUUCUCUCACUAACAGAAAACGAUAGACUUGUGGUCCUUGUAAAGACAAACAGUGUCACCACGGCUGCAAUUCUCAAACAUUCCUCGUUCAUGGGUUUUCUCUGGGGGCGGAGUCGGUCCAAGUAACCUAGCAACGCUCAGUUCAUCCUCUCCACCCAAUCAGAACGUUCUCUGAACUCACUAACAUAACAAUACCACUGAUAUCACUUUCUGUUUAUCACAUUAUUGUUAUUUUCACUGGUUAUCAACAGCAAAAUAAUAUUUAUCUAUUUUCAUGACCAUGUGACACAGCAAAUUAAUUGUUUUUUAUUGAGAUGGAAAAAAACGCAUAUCCACACCAUUUCCAUAUGAAAAUUAGCAACAGCC